GUGACGCGAUAGAGGUCCGCGUGCCGAGGUCGCCUCCUUCCGCGGCGGCCCCGCCUGUUCUUCCCCACCUGUUUUUUUAAACGUCGCCUGGGGCGCGCGCGUGCUCGCGCUCCUCCCUUAUUUUCCCCUCGUUCUUUCGCUUUUGUUUGUAAGGGGGAAUAGUGGGAGCGGAGGGCAGGAAGGAGCGGCCGGAGUGGGGCUGGAACCCCUUUCCCCCUGGCUGGCCCAAGGGAGGGACUAUGCCGCCCAGGUCGCUGCCGAGGAAAAGGCGCGAAAGGCUGUGAGGAGCCUGCCCGCCAUGGAAGCCAAAUGGUUCCUAAGUGUCUGUGGUAAGUUUGCAAAAGGAAAGAUUAAUUUUGAAAAUACCUUGGAAUUGCUUGAUAAAUUGGACAUCCCUUUUGAUCAUAUCCAUGUGAAAUACAUUUUUAAGGCAAGCGAUUCACUGAAGUCUGGGUCUAUUACUUUAGAUGAUUUUAGAGGGAUUUACCGGGCUAUAGCACACAGAUGUGAAAUUCAUGAAAUCUUCAAAACUCAUUCUCCAAACCACAAAAUCCUACAACUACCAAAUCUAGUUGAAUUUCUUAGACGUGAACAAUUUCAACCUGAAACUGAUGAAACAACUGCUUCUCAACUGAUUGCAAAAUUUGAACCUAUUGAAGAAGUGAUAUACAGUGGUGCCCUGCUAGACCCUUACCCUGCAAAGAGAAAUAAAGAGAUGACAUUUGAAGGAUUUCUAAGAUACAUGACUUCAGAGGACUGCAUGAUAUUUAAAAAUGAGCACAGAACUGUUUACCAAGAUAUGUCCCGUCCACUGUGUGAAUACUUUAUUUCAUCUUCACAUAACACUUACCUCAUAUCUGAUCAGCUAGUAGGGCCAAGUCAUCUCUGGGGCUAUGCAAGUGCUCUCAUGAAAGGGUGCCGCUGCCUGGAAAUUGACUGCUGGGAUGGACCAAGCAAAGAUCCUGUUGUUUAUCAUGGACAUACCUUAACAAGCAAAAUUAGCUUUAAGACUGUCAUCCAGGUGAUCAACAAAUAUGCUUUUUUGGUAUCUGAUUAUCCUCUGUUACUGUCUUUGGACAAUCACUGCAGCCCUAAACAACAGGAAGUAAUAGCAGAUUAUCUGACAAGUAUCCUUGGUGACAAAUUGGUUACAUCUACAGCUGAUGAUAGGAUACCAACUCAGUUACCUUCCCCUGAGUCACUGAAAUUCAAAAUCAUUAUAAAAAAUAAGAAACUUGGAACACUUGAAGAAACACUUGCAAGAAAGGAUACAGAUAGCCAUGGCCAAAUAGGGGAAUUUGAAGAAGAGGAAACGAGCGAUGAGGAGCAAGAUGAUGAUCCUUCACACCCUAAGCAACCCCUUCUUAAGAAGAGACAUGCACAUUGGAAAGGUUCAGGUCCGCCUUGGAAAAAAAAGAGAAUGAAGAAAAUAAAGAUUGCCUUGGCACUGUCAGAACUGGUGAUUUAUGGCAAAUCUCGAAAGUUUGUAAGCUUUGAAGAGUCAAGAGAAAAGCAGUUAUUUUAUGAAAAUAAUUCAAUUAGUGAGGCAAAAGCCCGAAAGUUGGCAAAACAGAAAGCUAAUGAAUUUGUUCAACAUACAGUCCGAUUCCUUACAAGAAUAUACCCUAAAAGAACCAGAACUAACUCUUCCAAUUAUAAUCCUCAAGAAUUUUGGAAUGUUGGAUGCCAAUUAGUGGCCUUAAAUUUCCAAACAUCUGGAGUACAAAUGGAUCUUCAGACUGGGAAAUUUUUGGAUAAUGGUCGUUGUGGUUAUAUCCUAAAACCUGAAUACCUAAGAAGUAAGAACACAAAGUUUUCCCCAUAUGAUCUAACUGAAAAUUACCAUCGUGUUAUGCUUACAAUCAAGCUUAUCAGUGGCCAUCAACUACCACCCAGCAGUUUGUCAAGGACUAAUAAAGCUGACCCAGUAGUUGUAAUAGAAAUUUAUGGUAUUCCAGAAGACCAGACAAAGCAACACAGUUGUGUAGUUAAGGGUAAUGCUUUGUGUCCUAGGUGGAAUGAAACGUUCACAUUUAAUGUGCAAGCUUCAGAGCUUGCCUUAGUACGAUUUGUUGUUGAAGAUCAGCUUUCUCUCACUUCCAAUGAUUUCCUGGGUCAAUAUACUUUGCCACUUUUGAGCAUGAAGAAAGGUUAUCACCAGGUUCCACUGUUUUCCAAACUUGGUGUCAGCUUGCAUCCUGCUUCACUCUUUGUACAUAUUUGGUUUUUAACCAAUAAUCCUUGUUAAUGUUACUGCUGAUUUCUUCAAUAAAGAAACAAUGGUGAAAUACUAACAAUUAGUAGUGCCAAUUGCCUGAUAUAUGAUUUUAUGCAUAGAAGUUGUUAUUAUUUGGGACAUACAAGGGCAAUAUAAGACUUGUGCUGGAACAGAAUGUUUUUUUUUUCUCCUAACAGUUGCUGGACAUAUGUCUUCUGAGUUCUCAAAAGUAUGAAUUGUUAGUGACAGUUUUUUUUAAAAAGCAAUCAUAGCUAAUGGCUGUUGGUAGGACUCUACACAUUUGUUUAAUUUUAAACCUAUACAAGUCAAUGAUCAUAAUUACAUUAUGAAGUAGUGAAUUCAAUUAAUUGCAUGUUAUCAUAUACCCAGAUUAAAGUGUGUGGUCUUUCAGACUUCUUAGAGAGAGAAAAAGAUGUUACAGCGAGCCUUCAUUAGAAAAGGUGAAUCCCUAAGGGCUGAGUAAUAGUAAUGGAAUAAUAGAAGAUGCCUCCCUCGUCUCCCACUGUUUGUGAAUUAGCUUGUUUUAUUUUAUGAGAGGUCUCCUGGACCUAAGCCUGGGAUUCCUUUGAAAUCUGAUUUCCCAAACACGAAAACUACCUUGUUCAGAUCUCUCCAACAUUAGUGUGCUUUUAAGUGUUGUGACAAAGUGUUUAUAAUGUAACAUUCAUUUCUGUCCUCAUUCCUAUUCCAUU